AUGUUUGGUGUUCCCAACUUGGGCCUUGAAAACCGUGCCCUAAUCUCCAUGACUGACGGACGCAAGAAUGAAAUGUUUUCUCGGAACUUGGGACUCGACUCGCAGUAUUUGCCGGAGCUAAACAAAGACUUUGGUUUCGCCUUUGGCCAGCGCAACCUUACGGUCAUUGCAGUCUAUGAGACCAAGGAUAGUAAUACGGUAGAGAUGAGUUCCGGCAUUCAAGAUGACAACCUAGGAGCCCAAUAUUUUCAGGUGCCUUUACAACACUUGGAGUCAAAUUUUGUUGGGCGGCAGGAGAUACUUCAGCAAAUCGAACUUUGUUUCUUCACGCAGCCAGCUGUUCGUCCGGUCUUUGUCCUCCAUGGCAACGGAGGAAUGGGCAAGUCACAGAUCGCUCUACAAUUUGCUCGGACUCGUUCACAGCGUUUCCACAAGAUCGUCUGGAUCCAAUCAGAUACUGCAAAGCGUAUGCAUGAGAGCUUCAGAUCAGUAGCCCGGUCACUAGGAAUCAACGAUGUCACCACCGACGAAGACACGAUUACCAAGCACGUCUUGACGGAGUUGCUUGACGGCUCAGAGAGCACACUGUUGAUCUAUGACAGUUUGCCAGCAGACGACAGCGGUUUCAUGGACGUGAUACUUUCCGAGCAUCAUUCGAGGUGGGCUCGGACGCAAUUUUCCAAAGUCUUGAUCACUACACGCGACAGGCGGUUUUUGAAUUUCGAGACAGGUGGUAGCCAUGCUGCUGUCGAGCCUCUCCCUCCCGACAAUGCCGCCAAGCUUCUCAUGGAGUUGUCAGGAGUUCUCCGUGAAAACUUUUCUACACUCCAGAGCUUCUACAGCAUAUGCAGUGCUCUUGGGUGCUUGCCACUAGGAAUUCUUCAGGCUGCUUCAUACAUUAAAGUCACGGAUACACAUCCUCAACAGUUCCUAGGGCAACUCAGACAAGAGCCAAGAUUCACACUGCGGUAUCUCGAUGAACUUUCGCCUCUCAUGCCGCGCGAAAAGAGGAUUUUGUCGGUAUGGGAGGAUAGCAUGGCGCGAAUCGAGACAAACGAACCGUUUGCCGCGAAAUGGUUCACACUUUGCAGUUUCUUAGACAUCACGAUCCCGCAUAAACUCUUCGAGGACGCUCACGAGUAUUUGGUAUUCUCAGAUAGAAGCGGGAAAGAGAGAACCGCGGCACGAGACCAGAUCCAAUGGCUUUAUGGUAACCUGUCAUCCAUCAAGUCCUGGAACACUACACGGCUUUACUCGGACGUGCUGGAAUUGAAGAAUCUUUCCAUGAUGAAGACAAACACCGAUGACGAUGGCUAUGUCUCGUCAUCAAUCCAUCCACUGGUUCAGCAAUGGGGCCGCCUCAGGUUGGAACCGCAGCAGCAAAAGAAGUACCUCUCGAUGGCAUCUUCAUUGAUUCACCUUUGCGCUGAAAAGCUGCUGUGUGAACACAACACGCCACGGGAUUCGACGGCUGCUUACAUAUACCAGCGUCAACUGCUGAGCCAUGCAUACUCAUGUAUCGAUUUUGCUAUCAACGUCUUGAAAACGAAUAUCGCGGAAAUUGUGCCGAUUGAAUGCUCUGUCACCUUUGCCAUGUUCUUGGUACACGAGAUGAGCUACGAUGCUGCCGUGCAAAUGCUUGAGAUAGCAACCGACAGGGAUGACAUCGACGUGACUUGGAAAGCUUCAGCACUAAGAGUCCACUCUUUGGCACUCAGGAGGCAGCGAAAGUUCCCAGAAGCUCUCAUGGUUCAGAGGAAAGCGUUGAAGGAGAUCAAUGGCUUGCCGCCGGAGCCUGAUACCAUCGGUGCACGCUUACGAGCCGAGGGAGAGAUGGCGACUAUACACCGUGACCUCCGUGAUCUGGACGAAGCCCUUCGAUUACAAGUCGAUGUUGUGCGCAACACCGGCUCACACUUUGGGUCGGAGUCUUUGGAGGCACUACACGAGCUGUCGUGUCAGGCAAGGAUCCACGCCAAGAGAGAAGAAUUCCAUCAAGCCCUGGAGAUCGACGAGCGAGUGCUUCAGAUUUACAAGAAGAAGUAUCCAGACCGCGUGGAGAUCUGGGAUAAAAUGAGGAACUUGGCCAUCACGUACUACGAUCUGGAUAUGUACAAAGAUGCUGCCAUGCUAGAGGUUGAGAUACUAGAGGGAAAGGAAAGGCUCUACGGCACGGAGCACCUCGAAACAGCCUCAGCUUUGGAGAACUUGGCACUGACGUGCAGGUAUUCUGGGGAACAUGAGCGAGCCUGCCAACUCUUCCGCAGAGCCUUGUGUGUUCGUAAAAAGGUCCUCGGAGAAUCACACGAGAAAGUGCACAAGACCGCUAGACGUUUGGAGGAAGUGGAAGGGCGUAUUCAGGCACAGUUAGCGCGAGAGUCAGUCAAGGGUGCUAUCGAGGGAAUCAAUUUUGCAAACAGGGUAGACUCAGGAUUGGGUAUCGAGUAG